GGGCAAAAUCUCCCUCAUCAACCCCCAUCGACGUAUAUCUCGAGCCGCAUAAGUUGAACCCAUCGCCGAUUUUCUUCUCCUGGACCCCCGACACAUUGCCCACUCACCCGAUCCUCCCCGCGUCGCCAAACUGUUUUCCUUCACCUUCCGUCGAGCCUUCACCUCCCCGCUUCGCGCAUCCAUCUCCGUACCCAUCGCCGCCGCCGCCCUCUCCCAACCGAAGCCAGCCCCCGCAGCUUUUUCGCCGGCGACCUCGACGUUUGGAAACUCGGCCGUCCGAGGAACGAGGAACAUGCAUUCGAAACUCAUCAUCAUCGGCUCCGGCCCUGCUGGCCACACCGCAGCUAUAUACGCCGCUCGAGCAGACCUAAAACCGGUCAUGUACGAGGGAUUCAUGGCCCUCGGGAUCGCGGCCGGCGGGCAAUUGACCACCACCGACGAGGUUGAGAACUUCCCUGGGUUCCUGAAGAUCGGCGGGGCGCAAUUGAUGGACCAAAUGCGCACCCAAUCCGAAGAAGCCGGUACCGAAAUCGUCUCCCAAACCGUCGCGAAGAUCGACCUCAAGUCCAAACCCUUCCGCUACUGGCUCCACCCCAUGGGGGACGACGACACGAUCGAGGACGAAGAACACACCACUGACGCCGUCAUCGUGGCUACCGGCGCUAAAGCCCGCCGCCUCGACCUCCCGGGCGAGGACAAAUACUGGGGCUACGGCGUCAGCGCGUGCGCGGUGUGCGACGGCUCCCUCCCGAUGUUCCGCGAGAAGCCUCUCGUCGUGAUUGGCGGCGGCGAUUCCGCCGUCGAGGAGGCCAUCUACCUGACGAAGAAGGCGAGCAAGGUGUACGUGCUGGUGCGGCGGGAUCAGCUGCGGGCGUCGCGCGCGAACGCGCGCCGGCUGGCAGGAAACCCGAAGGUCGAGGUGCGGUAUAACACGUCGGCCACGCGGAUUGUGGGCGACGAGAAGACGAAUGGGCUGAUGACGGGGCUGAGGGUGAGGAAUAAGGAGACCGGGAAGGAGGAGGAGUUGACGGCGAGCGGACUGUUCUACGCCGUGGGACACGAUCCGGCCACCGCGCUGUUCAAAGGGCAGUUGGACAUGGAUGAAGACGGGUAUCUCACCACGCAGCCGGGGACAGGCCACACGAAUGUGGAAGGCGUGUUCGCGGCCGGCGACGUGCAAGACAAAAAAUAUCGGCAAGCCGUGACAAGCGCGGGUUCCGGCUGCAUCGCCGCCCUCGAAGCCGAGAAAUACCUCACCGAGAUGGACGACACGGUGGAGAACGACCUCGACAAGGAGAACCAGGCCGAGAAGUCCCAGACCAACGGCGUCGUCCCGGAAUACCGCUCGAACCCGUUGCUGUAGAUCGCGGAUCCCCCCUGCGGAUACACCCGCCCCUCAAUCAUCGGCCCGCUCCGCACGUCAAACCUGCAUUAUAGAUAGAUUUGGAUUGGAUCGGCAUCGUUGAGCGCUCCGGGAUAAAUUAGGGACAAUGUUCGAGUAUUGCAUGUGUCAAGCUUGGAUUUAUUGACAGUGUGGCGGCGGACCCCGCCUGGUAUAGAACUCCCGCGGCAAAGCUAGUCAUACAAUGUGAAUUAUACAGUGUCUUUGUUCUCGGCGCAGGUCACCGACCCAUGCCAACCAUUAUGAUCGUACACCUCAUAA